AUGGAUAUCAACAAUCCCCAAAAUUACGAGGCUGAACACGUGCAUCGUGUCUAUGAACUCAUCGCCUCCCAUUUCUCUGCAACACGUUUUAAGCCAUGGCCAAUAGUUGAAGGUUUUCUAAAGGGCCUUCCUAUUGGCUCGAUAGGAUUAGAUUUAGGGUGCGGCAACGGAAAGUAUCUAACAGUCAAUGAGAAUGUAUUCAUGAUCGGGUCAGACAGGUCAACUGCCCUUGUACGAAUAGCCCACGACCUAAAAACCCAGGAUUCCUUUAUAGCAGAUACUUUAGAGCUGCCCCACCCAGACUCCCGAUUUGACUUUGCAAUUAGCAUCGCUGUUAUUCACCAUUUUUCGACCACAGCGCGAAGAGUCGCUUCAAUACGAAGCAUCCUUGCUACGCUAAAGCCAUCUGCCAAUGGCGAGACUAAUGGCGGGAAAGCGCUUAUCUAUGUCUGGGCCUUGGAGCAGCCGAAUUCAAAGAGAGGCUGGAAAGAAGGUGAUCCACAGGAUGUCAUGGUCCCAUGGCAAACGUCCGAGGGUUAUUCAGGUGUGAAAGGUGGGAGCGGUAAGCUGAGCAAGGAUGACAAAGUAGUCACGUACCAAAGAUACUACCAUCUCUAUAAGGAAGGGGAGUUGGUGCAAGAUAUAGUGGCUGCUGGAGGCAUAGUACUGGAAUCUGGUUAUGAGAAGGAUAAUUGGUGGGCUAUCUGUGCCCCUCCGCACAGGUAA